AUGGCCGAUAAACGCUACGAGUCUUUGACUGAUCCGUGGCCGAUCCCAGACAUCUUAUGUUUAGCGAUCUCAGCACCAUUGGUCAUAUUGGCCUUCUUUGAGUCUUUCCUAUGGGUCGCCGCGUUCGUUUAUUGCCUUGCAAAGGCAUACCAAAAGGCGGAUCAUUGGUCGCAACGGUUAAUGGCAAUUGUGAUGAUUGUCGCUUUUAUCACGGCCAGGGGCAUUUUCUUCCCGAUCAUGGUGGUCACCCUCCCUCUUCCUCAUCGUGUCACGCAGUACUUCCCAGGCGAAAUGACCAACAUCUUCCAGCAAUUCGCCUUCUACAGCUUUGCAGUCAUGCUGAUGGUGCCUUGGUUGUUUUGCGUAUACCGAUCCUUCAUCUUACCGCUCGGCCGUGACAAACUGAUCAAGGCUCCCCUGAACGACCGCAACGCUCCAAAAGUGGUGGUUGUGAUGCCAAUAUACAAAGAACCCCCAGAUACGUUGUGGAAAGCCUUGAAUUCUGUGGUCAAGUGUGACUAUCCGGCUGCAUGCAUACACGUGUUUCUGUCAUUUGAUGGCGAGGACAUCGACGAACUGUAUUUGAAAACGAUCGAUCGUCUAGGAAUUCCUGUUACAAUGAAAGAUUUUCCCAAGUCAAUCGAUAUUGCCUACAACGGCGCUCGAGUCACGGUGUCUCGGUUUCCUCACGGUGGCAAACGUCACUGCCAAAAGGCCACCUUUAUUCUCGUUGACAAAAUGUACAAAAGGUAUCUGCUGGAGAAGGACAAUCUGUUCAUCUUAUUCAUCGACUCAGACUGUGUUCUGGAUCCUGUCUGCAUACAGAACUUCAUGUACGAUAUGGAAUUGAGGCCUGGAAACAAACGUAACAUGUUGGCAAUGACCGGCAUCAUCACUGCAUGCACAGAAAAGAACUCCUUGCUUACCAUUUUACAAGAUAUAGAAUACCUGCAUGGUCAACUGUUUGAGCGGUCGGUCGAAUCAGGCUGUGGUGCUGUGACUUGCCUCCCAGGGGCUCUGACCAUUCUCCGCUUCUCAGCCUUCCGGAACAUGGCCAAAUUCUACUUCUCCGACAAGGCUGAAGAAUGUGAUGACUUGUUUGAUUAUGCAAAAACUCACCUUGGAGAGGAUCGCUGGCUUACCCAUUUGUUCAUGCUAGGUGCCAAAAAACGCUAUCAGAUCCAAUUGAGCACUACCGCAUUCUGCAAGACUGAGGCGGUCCAGACGUUCCAUUCUCUACUCAAACAGCGCCGCCGGUGGUUUUUGGGCUUUAUCAGCAAUGAGGUUUGCAUGUUGACAGAUGUUCGACUGUGGAGACAGUACCCGUUUCUUUGUGCCCUCCGAUUUAUGACCAUGACUGUAAGGACGACCGCCCUUCUGAUGCUGAUCGAGCUUGUUGCCGUGGCAAGCACGUCCAGUCAGAUUGAUGAACUACCUUGGGAGUUCAUGUGCAUCUCUCUCGGCCUGAAUUGGCUGCUCACGUUCUAUUGGGCUGUCAAGUUACACCGGUGGAAAGCAAUCCUCUAUCCGCUUAUGUUCACUAUCAGUCCCUUUCUCAGCUGGCUCUACAUGGUAUACGGCAUAUGCACAGCCGGACAGAGAACCUGGGGAGGGCCUAGGAUAGACGCCGGUGCGGCAGAUUCCAAAGUUACUCCACAAGAGGCCAUCGAAUAUGCCAUUGCCACUGGAGAUGAUCUCAAUGUUGUACCAGAAACUUUCAGGCCGGCCAUUGAGGUCAGAAAGCGUCGUACACGACCUUCUCAGUUGCACCCCUCGUCAAGUGUGGAAGGACGCUUCACUUCAGCAGAGCAUGAGCCGUUUCAGGUGGCUGUGAAAGCCGCGAGAUCAUCAAAUUCUUCGGAAAUCGACCUGGAGGCACGAACACGCCGUUUUGGCCACGAUUCUCUAGACAUGAGUGACUCUGAGGGUAUCUCGGUCCAUACUCCACAGAGAAUGGCCAGUCUUUCCAGCGACGAACCAUCUUUUGAAAAGAGACGGCGUACUCCAAGUCUACAAAGAAUGGCAAGUGUCUCGAGCGAUCAAUCCUUUGGGAAGAGACGUUAUACUCCAAGUCCACAAAGAGUGACCAGUGUCUCGAGUGAUGAAACCGUCGGAGGAAGAGCCUCAUCCGGUCCGUUCGCUAUCAGAUUCGGCGACGCAGAUAGGUACUGGCCGCAACACUACAAUUCGUCCGAAGAAAGCGUCAUAACGGCUAUUCGACGGAGGCCGAUACCAAACGGAGAACCAAGUAGAAGCCGGUCGAGGAGACGAAGACGGUCCACAAGUUCAAGUGGAAGUGGAGCCACUUCCGAAGAAUUGUCCAGGCGACUGAGCCUGAUGUUGGCUGCUCAACGAAGUACAAGUGAAGGUCAUGCAGCGAAGGAUGGGAAUGUUUCUGCAUCGCCCGGGAAAGGCCAUGGCUCCAUGGUGACGAAGGAAGAUGGCAGUGCUGAUGUUCACACGAAUCAAGCGCCUCGGAGAAAGUCCUUCCACAAACGGAGCCCAAGCUCAGUGCACAUGGGAUGA